GCAUGGUUUUCCGGAAUAGGCACUGUAUUUAAACACAUAUUCGGUACCUUGACCGAAGAUGAUGCGAAGACCUAUGAAGACGCUAUUAAAACCCUUUAUGAAAAUGAUAAAAAGAUUUCAGGAACAUUGAAGAAAACCGUAAUUGCUUCCCAAUCUGCCAUUUCCAAUAUAAAUCAAUCCUUACAUGAAAUGAACCUUAAUUAAGCAAAAUUGAAUGGUGUCGUCAAAGAAUUAGCGUCUACGGUAUCCAAUAUAACAAAUGCUUUUAAUGAGGUUAAUUUUAGGAAUAAUUUCUAUAACAUUUUAAAUAUUUUGCAAUCAAAUUUACUGACUUUAUCAUUUAAGGUGGAAGACUUACUUAAUUCCAUUUUACUCAUUAAAAGUAACACCUUGCAUCCUUCAGUUUUAACCCCAAACCAAAUGUACAAUGAUAUUGUAAAUAAUUUUAAGUUACUCCCUAAGUAUAGAGACUUUCCUGUAAACAUAGAAAUAAGCAAUAUUCAUAUUCUAAUUAAUAUAGCCGAUUUAACUUGUUACUAUUUUAACAAAAAAUUAAUGUUUAUUGUAAAGAUUCCACUUGUAACCUUAGAAAAUUUUAAUAUCUAUAAAACUGUGCCAUUACCUAUUCCACAUACGGAGGGUAAUUUAAAUUCUUUCGCUAUGAUCCUCCCUUCGGAACAAUUUUUAGCCUUGAGCACAGAUAAAUUAUCUUAUAUCUAUCUCAAAGAUUUAAAUGAUUGUAAAAGCAUACUUACCUAUACUUACCUUUGUGAAAUAACCGAUGUCUACGCAGUACUUAAUAACCCUUCAUGUGAAAUCGAAAUAAUUACUAAAGCCUUAACUACCCUUCCAGAAAAUUGUCCUGUUAAAGUCAUGUUUGGUGAUUUAGAUAUUUGGCAUAAGCUAAAUAAUAACAAAUGGAUAUUUGUACAAUCAAAGUCCACUAAAUUGUCUAUUGAAUGUAAUCAAAAUGUAUCUGAGUUAGUAAUAUCCGGUACAGGUGUACUAAAUUUACCAAUAGAUUGUGUAGGUUUUCAUAAAAAUCUUAAGUUGGUGACUAAAGUGUAUCCUAAAACAUAUGUCCCCGCUGUAUCCUCGAAUUUUGAUAUUAUUGACGAUGAUUGUUGUAAAAGUGUAAACAAAUUAAGUAAUAACUUUUCUAUUCCAAAAAUCAAGAUUAUUAACCUUGAUAAUUUAAAAUCAAUUAAAGCUAUUUCAGACAUGUCAAUGAAGGAUCUAAAUGAGAUCAAGAAUCCUAAUAAUUUUAAUAAUCAUGUUAGCUUUCCUAUUUUAAGUAUUUUCUCUGUAAUCCUAGUUUUUAGUUUUGUUUUUGUAUAUUUUUAUAAGAAAGGCAAAUGUUCGAGAAAACUCCAAGUUUCCAAUAAUAUCCCGGUUGAGCAAGAUAAUAAUCUGGAAAACCAGAGUAAUCCUUCAGUAGCCCGCUUGCGAGUUUGUUAAAUAUUAAGGAAACUUACAAAUAAACCGUAAGUUUCCUCAUAACGAGGGGGUUGUUAUAUAUUUAAAACCUUAGAGACCACCCUA